AUGGCGGACUUUAAAAGGAUUCCUAUUAAAAAAUUCUCUAAAGCCAAUGUUGAAGAAAGCAGUGAAUCAAGCUAUUGGAUGGGAUAUAAGUUCCCUAUAGUGGCCAAAGAACAUUCAGCAAUAUCAUGUAUCGAUUUUUCACCUGUCCUACCGCAUCACUACGCUGUUACUUGUUCCGCAAAGGUGCAAUUGUACGAUUGUGCAAGUAAUCAAGUUUACAAAGCCAUUUCGAGGUUUCAUGACUCUGCCUUAUGCGGUACAUUUCGUUACGAUGGCAAGUUAAUUACAGCUGGAAGCGGCGAUGGUUUAGUCCAGGUAUUUGAUACGCAUAGUAGAACAGUAUUACGACAAUUACAUGGUCAUAAGAGAGCUGCUCAUGUAGCCCGUUUCGCAAUGAACAAUCUACACAUUAUUUCGGCCUCAGAUGACAAAUUAGUUCGUUGCUGGGAUUUACCCACUGGAAAAGAAGUUGCUAUUUUUGAUGAACAUACGGAUUACAUCCGAGCUGGAGAUGUCAGUAGAGUUAGCAGCGAUGUUUGGGUAACAGGAUCGUAUGACCAUACCUUAAAGCUAUGGGACAGGCGUACAGACAAGAGUUCGAUGACUAUAGAUCAUGGAGCUCCUGUAGAAGCAGUGUUAAUUUACCCUAGUGGAAGUAUUUGUAUCUCGGCAGGAAGUAAUUAUAUCAAGGUAUGGGACCUUAUUGGUGGUGGACGCCUACUGAUGGGUGUUACAAAUCAUCAAAAGACUAUUACAUGCUUGUGUUUAGAUAACAGUGGGCAAAGACUUUUAUCCGGGUCGUUAGAUAGACACGUCAAGAUAUAUGAUAUCAAAGAUUACAAAGUUGUCCACAGUAUGGAUUAUUCCUCACCCAUAACAAGUUUAGGCAUAUCGCCCGAUGAUAGCCAUUUAGUAGUUGGUAUGUCCGACGGACUAUUAUCUAUCAAGGAAAGACCACGACAUAAACAAGAAUUGCCAAAGUUUAAAUGGAGACCAAAGGGUCGAACAGUUCGUUACUUUAAUAGUAGAAAAUCAGGCCCCUCAAAGGAUGCAGUUAUUGUGGCGGAAAAGAAAUUAACCCGGUUGCCUUUACAUGACAAACUAUUGCGUCAGUUUAAGUAUACUGAGGCUUUGGAUAGCGUUUUAAAGAAAUCUAGCAAUCACCCGCCUGUUAUUGUCAGUGUAAUACAAGAACUAAUAAGGCGCGAUGGCUUACCUAUAGCUUUAUCUGGGAGAGAUGAAGAUGCAUUAUUACCUGUAUUAUAUUUUAUAAAAAAGAAUAUAUCUAAUCCGCGCUAUAGUUCCCUAGUUUCUGAUGUUGCUAAUAUUGUAUUUGAUAUAUACUCACCGAUUUUAGGCCAAUCCUCGAAAGUAGAUAAUCUGUUUCUACAGAUCAAAGAUAAAAUUCAUGAAGAAACAAGGCUUCAUGAAUCGUUUGGAAAGUUAUUAGGGGUUAUUGAUAUGAUGCUAACAGCAAAUAAUACGUCAGCUAAUUCUAUAUCGGCUGCCCCAUUGACGUAG